AUGGCGGAACAGCAUCCCAUCGAUAGUCUGCGACAGACUAAUCGAUUCAUAACUGAUCACAAUGCUGAGGGCCUUGCAAUUUUCAACAAGCACAUCCCGGAGACCGUCCCUGCACAAGUCAUCCCCACUGGAGACACCAUGUACCUCGAAUAUGCCACGAAUGAGUUCCCAGCCGACCUAAGCAAAGACCUGGCAACUUACGAGAGCUACUUGGUCAAUGGGCCAGGGUUCACUAUCCCAUGUGGCACGGUGCUGAGCAUGAUCGACUUGAAGCCAUCGAGCACAAGCCCUCUCCACCGCACCAGGUCGCUCGACUAUGCGGUGGUCAUCGAAGGGGCCGUGGAGCUGGAACUGGACAGCGGCGAAGUGAGAACGUUGCAGCGAGGCGAUGUCGGCAUCCAGCGUGGGACGAAGCACCUUUGGCGAAACGCCAGCAAAACCGAUUGGGCGCGUGUCCUGUUCGUGCUGCAGGAUUCGAAGCCAGUUGAGGUUGCGGGGAACAUACUGGAGGAGGACUAUGGGUUUGGAACGGGCGAUGUGGUUGAGUCAAGCUCCUAG